AAGGCAGUUUAUAGAGGCAGUAGAGACUCACUAAAAGAUGCUAAUUUGAGUUUUGCAUAUUAGGUCCCCUUUGAAGUUAACAGUGCCGUUCCUAACAAGUCCAAGCAAAACAUUAGUUUACAAACAUAAACUCAGAUUUUUGGUAGAAAUUAUUGCAUUUUUCAGUCUUUGCAAUAUUUUUUUAAUGUUCACAUUAAUCUUUUUUGCGACGUGCGUCGAGAAGACUCACUUUAUCUCUGAUAACAAUCUAGAGAUUUGUUGUUUGAAUUUUUGAACAUAAUUUGUCUCCCGUUAGUCAGCGCGGACGACGACCGCUGGUCACGCCUGAUGAAUUACUUUCUUUUUCUGCCUGUGGCACUCUGAUUUGUUGUUGUUGACAGUCGCUGCCAUCUGUAAAAUAUUUAGCAACAGCUGACCAACCCGUCUGUUUUGGGUGUAACUCAGCAUUCUGCAUUUGCUCAAAGACUUUUUUUGUUCAUUCACCUUUCAGCAAACACAGAGGAAAAUGAAGAAGAAGACACAAAGCCCAAGUUAAAGCCUGGUUUUGUUCCUGGCUUGGCUCCUCCUAAGAUCCCAGAUGGAGAAAAGGUUGACUUUGAUGACAUUCACAGGAAACGUAUGGAAAAGGAUCUGACUGAGCUCCAGACUCUGAUUGAAGUUCACUUUGAAAACCGUAAGAAGGAGGAAGACGAGCUCAUCCUCCUCACAGAUCGCAUUGAGAAACGCCGUUCUGAGAGGGCUGAGCAGAUGAAGAUCAGAGCUGAGAGGGAACGAGAACGGCAGGCCAAACUUGCUGAAGAAAAGGCCAGAAAAGAGGAUGAAGAGGCAAAGAAGAAAGCAGAUGAAGAUGCAAGGAAGAAGAUGAUUCUAUCCAACCUGAGUUUCACUGGAUACAAGCAGGCACAACCUGGGACAAAAAGACAAACGGAAAGAGAAAAGAAGAGGAAGAUCCUAAACGAUCGUCGUAAGGAGCUAAACAUUGAUCACCUGAAGGAGGAAAAACUCAGAGAAAAGGCAAAGGAACUGUGGGAUUGGCUGCGCCAGCUUGAAGGAGAGAAAUUUGACCUUCAGGACCAGCACACAAGGCAGAAGUAUGAGAUCACAGUGCUGAGAAAUCGAGUUUCUGAUCAUCAGAAAGUCUCAAAGGGCAGCAGGAGCAAACGAGGCCUGAGGAAGUAACACCUGACAUCUGCUGCGUGGGAAACAUCAGGCAUCGACUAUUUGAUCAUGUUUUCUACUUAAGUGCAAAUUUGAAGAAUUAAAAAAGUAAAUCUUGCAUGCUGUAAUAGUGGUGAGACUAGAUAAAGUUUACAGUUGUAUGGCAAUCCAGUGUGGCACAAUUUGUAUGACAGACUGUAAAAUUAAACACAAAUCAGGCUACUCAUUUUGCUUUUGUACAUGUUUUGUGGUUGCUGUAAAGUUAAACAAGUAUUCAAAAACA